UAUAAAAUGCAUGAGUGCCUGCACACUCAGUAGUCAGCUGAACUUACCAGAACCAGAUCGUAAUAUGAUCUACGUUUAGCUCAAAAUAAUGAAGUGUAACAUGCUUGUCAUUGUCUUUGCUUUGUUCCUCUUCAAAGAGGAUGCUUUUGCCCACAAUCGAGCCAAACGGGAAUAUUCACAAACCACAUAUGAUCUGAGUGGAUCUGCAAUCACACAAAACUUUAGGUUUACAAGAGAUCUUUCAAGCGCAUCAGAUGAAGGAACUCAUACCUGCAGUAUAUGGGGUAACAAGGCAGUCAAGACAUAUACCAACGAAUUUUAUCAUUUUCAAUCAACAUGCAACCAUAUUCUGAGUCGCCAAUGCCAAGGUGGUACUGAAGAUUUUAAUGUGGAAAUUCGUAGUGAUUCAAAUGGCAAAUUGGAGCACAUUUUCAUAAAAACUGACGGUGUUAUGAUAGUUGUGACGAAUGAUACAUACAAGGUGAACGACAUUAAAGUUUUAUUGCCUUAUGAGAACAAAGUGAUUACAAUUCAGCAUUAUGGAGUCAAUGUACGCAUUAAAAACAGGCAGCACACUAUAUCUGUGAUCUGGAAUCAAGAAGAUGCAUUGUCGAUAACAGUUGAUUCUCAAUAUAAGGGACUAUUAUGUGGCCUCUGUGGACCCUUUGAUGAUAGCAUCUCAACAACCUACGAUUUGAACUACAUCUAUGCGUACAAAUUGGAUGAAUGGAAUGCAGACUGCACCGUCCAAUUCUCCAAAGUAAAUAGUUGCGCAUCAGCUGAUAAUUGUUCAGCAAUCCGCGAGCUUUUCGCAGCAUGCUCUUCUCCUGCCAUCAACGAUAAAUUUGUGGAAAUGUGUCAGAAGGAUGUUUGCACUAAUAAUGACGCAGUGAAAUCCCUUUGUUCUGCCUUUAAUGAAGCAUCAAAAGGGUGUGAGCUUGUAGAUCCAUCAAACUGGAACACAUGGAAAGAUUCUGUCCAAUGCACAUGGCCCACUUGUCCAGGGAAUCAGGUUUACCAAGAUUGUGGUCCUGUUUGUAUGUCAACCUGCACCGACCCAAAUUCUGAACAAUGGUGUGAUCAGUGUGCGAAUACAUGUGAUUGUCCACAAGGGACUGUCCUUGAUAAUGUCAGAGGUGAUAACACAUGUAUCAACUACUCGGAUUGUCCUUGUGAAUAUAAUGGACAAAUAUAUAAUUCUGGAGAAACACACAAUUCCUUGUGCCAUUCAUGCACCUGCACGAGUGGAAUCUGGGAAUGUACUGAUCUUAACUGCCCUAAAAUAUGCCAAAUUGAAGAAGGAACUCAUAUCACAACAUUUGAUGGCAAAUACUUUAAUUUGAUCGGAGAUUGCUCGUAUUAUGCAAUUGUCACAACAGACUGGUCAGUGAAAAUUGAAAUGCAUCCAUGCCAUUCAGCAUAUAGACAGACAUGUCUACAGCGAGUAACAUUCACAAAAUUUCAGAACUCCUAUUCAAUCAAUAAAGAAGGCACUAUUCAUCACAAUGACAACCAAGUGGGAUUGCCUUUUGGAAAUGGUGAAAUAAUGAUAUUUCAACAGUCAUCACUGUACGUUCAAUUGAUCACAAAAGGUGGUCUGAAGAUACAGGUACUAAUAUCUCCCAUCAUGCAGCUUUACAUGUCACUGCCCAAAACUGCCAAAGGAACCACUAAAGGUUUGUGCGGCACCUACAACGACAAUGUAGAAGAUGACUUCCUAUCGUCACAGGGCAUUGUUGAGUACAUAUAUGUUCCUUUCAGUGAAUCAUGGAAAACCAAUGAUGAAUGUCCUUCGCCAAUAGUGAAUCCAACCUGUGUUAGCUCAGAACAUGAAAAUUAUGCCAAAGAGCAAUGUGCGUAUAUAAAAGACCCAACAGGAGCUUUUUCCAGCUGUCAUUCUGUAGUGGAGUAUUUGGUGUAUUAUGAAAUGUGUAAAGCUGCAUCAUGUAAUUGUGUAAAACUCGAUGACUGUGUGUGUGCGGCAAUGGAAGCAUAUGUUCAUGCUUGUUCCGCAAAGGGCAUCGUUGUGAUGAACUGGAGGAGAUCUAUUUGCGCAAUAACCUGCCCCAGCACACAAGUUUACCAUUACAAUAUGAGAGCCUGUAAUCGCACCUGUGAAUUUCUGUCAAAGUUUGACUUCACCUGUCAGUUUCAAGACACUCCAGUUGAUGGCUGUGGUUGCCCUGAGGGAACGUACAUGGACGACAAAGCAACAUGUGUACAAAUAUCAGAAUGCCCUUGUUACGUUAAUGGGAUCAUUGUAUACAAAGGUGACAUUAUUCCAAUAAAUGGAAUGGAUUGUUUCUGCCAGAAUGGAGUCCCUUCCUGCCCUGAUGAAAAUAGCCUGCCCAUUUCAGAAGAUUGCCAAGAUAAACAAUUUUCAGACUGUACCAAUACCAGUUUAUGUAAGAGGACGUGUGAAACUCUAAACAAACCAUGUCCAAACCCAUGUGUCCCAGGUUGUGUCUGCCCUGAUGGUUUGGUGGAGGAUUCCACUGAAGGAUGCAUUGAACCAUCCCAAUGUCCCUGUUUAUUUGGAAGUGAAACCUUUGGUGGUGGAGAAACAAUCACCAUUGAUUGCAAUACAUGCACAUGCAAUGGUGGAGAAUGGGAAUGCACUGAUAAUUCAUGUCCAAAGACCUGCACUGUUUAUGGAGAUGGUCACUACAUAACAUUUGAUGGAAAACGAUACAAAUUUGAUGGCAACUGUGAAUAUAUCUUUCUGGAGGACAAAUGUCGACGAGAGAUUGGUACAUUCCAAAUACUGACACAAAGUGUUCCCUGCUGUGAAAAUGGAGUGACAUGUUCAAGAGAAAUCAGAAUCUUGAUUGGGGAGAGAGAACUAACUUUAUCGAGUGCAACUGGAGUACGUGAGGUGUCCUCUGAAUACAACCAGUGCACAGAUAAUUCAUAUACAAUUCACACAGUUGGACUCUACUUAAUCCUGUCAUUUUCCAAUGGGAUCACUUUGGUUUGGGAUAAACGGACACGACUUUCAAUCACACUGGAUCCAAAAUGGAAGAAUAAAGUUUGUGGACUUUGUGGAAAUUACAAUGAUGAUCUUGAAGAUGACUUAACAUCAAAGGGGAACACCUUGCUGACCAGCAGUGUGGAAUUUGGGAACACCUGGAGAUCCACGCAGCUUUGCUCUGAUACAGUAAAUGAGAUAUAUCCAUGUGAUAACAACCCAUAUUGUUUGUCAUGGGCGCAGAAGAGGUGCAACUUAAUUCAUAGCGCAAUCUUUCAAGCGUGCCAUAAAAAGGUUGAUCCAAUUCCAUUUUAUGAUGCUUGUAUUCAAGAAGCUUGUGCCUGUGAUAUGGAGGGAAAGUAUCUUGGUUUCUGUACUGCAGUAGCUGUGUAUGCAGAAGCUUGUAAUAAAGCUGAAGUUUGUAUUCGCUGGAGAACCCCUGAACUUUGUCCUGUGUACUGUGACUAUUAUAAUGCUCCCAAUGAAUGCAGCUGGCACUAUCAGCCGUGUGGAACCAUAACAACAAGAACAUGUACCGGCCAUUUCAUCGGAAAGAAGUAUUCGGCAAUUCUUGAAGGUUGCUAUGCCAAAUGCCCAGAGAGUGCUCCUUAUUUGGAUGAAAAUACAAUGAAGUGCGUUGCAUUACCUCAGUGUACAUGCUAUUAUGAGGGAAGGAUAUUGCAACCCGGUGAAACAACAAGAAAUGGUUGUGAAGAAUGUAUGUGCCAUGAUGGAAUCACUACGUGCCAACGAACAACAACCACAACUGCUACAACAACAGUCACCACACCAUCGACAACCACGAUUUCUUCAACCACCAUUACAGAAACAACACCAACAACUGAGACCACUACUAGCAUUACAUCAGGAACAACACCAACAACAUCUUCAACAACUGGCACAACUGAAUCCACCACAACAGAAACAACGCCAACCACAUCAUCAACUGAGACCACAACCAGCACUACAUCAGAAACAACAUCAACAUCAACAACAGGGACCACUACAAGCACUACAUCAGGAACAACGCCAACAACAUAUUCGACAACUGGCACAACUGAGUCCACCACCAGUUCCACAACAGAAACACCAACUACAUUAACAACUGGGACCACUACCAGCACUACAACAGAAACAACACCAACAACUGAGACCACUACUAGCAUUACAUCAGGAACAACACCAACAACAUCUUCAACAACUGGCACAACUGAAUCCACCACAACAGAAACAACGCCAACCACAUCAUCAACUGAGACCACAACCAGCACUACAUCAGAAACAACACCAACAUCAACGACAGGGACCACGACAAGCACUACAUCAGGAACAACACCAACAACAUCUUCGACAACUGGCAGAACUGAGUCCACCACCAGUUCCACAACAGAAACACCAACUACAUUAACAACUGGGACCACUACCAGCACUACAACAGAAACAACACCAACAACUGAGACCACUACUAGCAUUACAUCAGGAACAACACCAACAACAUCUUCAACAACUGGCACAACUGAAUCCACCACAACAGAAACAACGCCAACCACAUCAUCAACUGAGACCACAACCAGCACUACAUCAGAAACAACAUCAACAUCAACAACAGGGACCACUACAAGCACUACAUCAGGAACAACGCCAACAACAUAUUCGACAACUGGCACAACUGAGUCCACCACCAGUUCCACAACAGAAACACCAACUACAUUAACAACUGGGACCACUACCAGCACUACAACAGAAACAACACCAACAACUGAGACCACUACUAGCAUUACAUCAGGAACAACACCAACAACAUCUUCAACAACUGGCACAACUGAAUCCACCACAACAGAAACAACGCCAACCACAUCAUCAACUGAGACCACAACCAGCACUACAUCAGAAACAACAUCAACAUCAACAACAGGGACCACUACAAGCACUACAUCAGGAACAACGCCAACAACAUAUUCGACAACUGGCACAACUGAGUCCACCACCAGUUCCACAACAGAAACACCAACUACAUUAAUAACUGGGACCACUACCAGCACUACAACAGAAACAACGCCAACAACAUCAUCAACUGAGACCACUACCAGCACCACUUCAGAAACACCAACAUCAACAACAGGGACCACUACAAGCACUACAUCAGGAACAACACCAACAACAUCUUCGACAACUGGUACAACUGAGUCUACCACCAGUUCCACAACAGAAACAACUACAUCAACAUCUGGGACCACCACUACAUCAGAAACAACGCCAACAACAUCAACAACUGAGACAACUACCAGCACUACAUCAGAAACAACACCAACAUCAACGACAGGGACCACGACAAGCACUACAUCAGGAACAACACCAACAACAUCUUCGACAACUGGCAGAACUGAGUCCACCACCAGUUCCACAACAGAAACACCAACUACAUUAACAACUGGGACCACUACCAGCACUACAACAGAAACAACACCAACAACUGAGACCACUACUAGCAUUACAUCAGGAACAACACCAACAACAUCUUCAACAACUGGCACAACUGAAUCCACCACAACAGAAACAACGCCAACCACAUCAUCAACUGAGACCACAACCAGCACUACAUCAGAAACAACAUCAACAUCAACAACAGGGACCACUACAAGCACUACAUCAGGAACAACGCCAACAACAUAUUCGACAACUGGCACAACUGAGUCCACCACCAGUUCCACAACAGAAACACCAACUACAUUAAUAACUGGGACCACUACCAGCACUACAACAGAAACAACGCCAACAACAUCAUCAACUGAGACCACUACCAGCACCACUUCAGAAACACCAACAUCAACAACAGGGACCACUACAAGCACUACAUCAGGAACAACACCAACAACAUCUUCGACAACUGGUACAACUGAGUCUACCACCAGUUCCACAACAGAAACAACUACAUCAACAUCUGGGACCACCACUACAUCAGAAACAACGCCAACAACAUCAACAACUGAGACAACUACCAGCACUACAUCAGAAACAACACCAACAUCAACGACAGGGACCACGACAAGCACUACAUCAGGAACAACACCAACAACAUCUUCGACAACUGGCAGAACUGAGUCCACCACCAGUUCCACAACAGAAACACCAACUACAUUAACAACUGGGACCACUACCAGCACUACAACAGAAACAACACCAACAACUGAGACCACUACUAGCAUUACAUCAGGAACAACACCAACAACAUCUUCAACAACUGGCACAACUGAAUCCACCACAACAGAAACAACGCCAACCACAUCAUCAACUGAGACCACAACCAGCACUACAUCAGAAACAACAUCAACAUCAACAACAGGGACCACUACAAGCACUACAUCAGGAACAACGCCGACAACAUAUUCGACAACUGGCACAACUGAGUCCACCACCAGUUCCACAACAGAAACACCAACUCCAUUAACAACUGGGACCACUACCAGCACUACAACAGAAACAACACCAACAACUGAGACCACUACUAGCAUUACAUCAGAAACAACACCAACAUCAACAACAGGGACCACGACAAGCACUACAUCAGGAACAACACCAACAACAUCUUCGACAACUGGCACAACUGAGUCCACCACCAGUUCUUCAACAGAAACAACACCAACAACUGAGACCACUACUCGCACUACAUCAGGAACAACACCAACAACAUCUUCAACAACUGGCUCAACUGAAUCCACCACAACAGAAACAACGCCAACCACAUCAACAACUGAGACCACAACCAGCACUACAUCAGAAACAACACCAACAUCAACAACAGGGACCACUACAAGCACUACAUCAGGAACAACACCAACAACAUCUUCGACAACUGGCACAACUGAGCCCACCACCAGUUCCACAACAGAAACACCAACUACAUUAACAACUGGGACCACUACCAGCACUACAACAGAAACAACACCAACAACUGAGACCACUACUAGCAUUAGAUCAGGAACAACACCAACAACAUCUUCAACAACUGGCACAACUGAAUCCACCACAACAGAAACAACGCCAACCACAUCAUCAACUGAGACCACAACCAGCACUACAUCAGAAACGACACCAACAACUGAGAUCACCACCAGCACUACAUCAGAAACAACACCAACAACAUCUUUGACAACUGGUACAACUGAGACCACCUCCAGUUCCACAACAAAAACACCAACAACUACAUCAACAACUGAGACCACUACCAGUAGUACAUCAGAAACGACACCAACAACUGAGACCACCACCAGCACUACAUCAGGAACAACAUCAACAACAUCUUUGACAACUGGUACAACUGAGUCCACCUCCAGUUCCACAACAGAAACACCAACAACUACAUCAACAACUGAGACCACUACCAGUACUACAUCAGGAACAACACCAACAACAUCUUUGACAACUGUCACAACUGAGUCCAUCACCAGUUCCACAACAGAAACAACUCCAUCAACAUCUGGGACCACCACUACAUCAGAAACGACACCAACAACUGAGACCACAACCAGUACUACAUCAGAAACACCAACAACUACAUCAACAACUGAGACCACUACCAGUACUACAUCAGAAACUACACCAACAACUGAGACCACCACCAGCACUACAUCAGGAACAGCACCAACAACAUCUUUGACAACUGGUACAACUGAGUCCACCUCCAGUUCCACAACAGUAGAAACACCAACAACUACAUCAACAACUGAGACCACUACCAGUACUACAUCAGAAACGACACCAACAACUGAGACCACCACCAGCGCUACUUCAGGAAUAACACCAACAACAUCUUUGACAACUGGUACAACUGAGUCCACCUCCAGUUCCACAACAGAAACAACUCCAUCAACAUCUGGGACCACCACUACAUCAGAAACGACACCAACAACUGAGACCACAACCAGCACUACAUCAGAAACACCAACAACUACAUCAACAACUGAGACCACUACCAGUACUACAUCAGAAACUACACCAACAACUGAGACCACCACCAGCACUACAUCAGGAACAGCACCAACAACAUCUUUGACAACUGGUACAACUGAGUCCACCUCCAGUUCCACAACAGUAGAAACACCAACAACUACAUCAACAACUGAGACCACUACCAGUACUACAUCAGAAACGACACCAACAACUGAGACCACCACCAGCGCUACUUCAGGAAUAACACCAACAACAUCUUUGACAACUGGUACAACUGAGUCCACCUCCAGUUCCACAACAGUAGAAACACCAACAACUACAUCAACAACUGAGACCACUACCAGUACUACAUCAGAAACGACACCAACAACUGAGACCACCACCAGCACUACAUCAGGAACAACACUAACAACAUAUUUGACAACUGGCACAAUUGAGUCCGCCUCCAGUUCCACAACAGUAGAAACACCAACAACUACAUCAACAACUGAGACCACUACCAGUACUGCAUCAGAAACAACACCAACAACUGAGACCACCACCAGCACUACAUCAGGAACAACACCAACAACAUCUUUGACAACUGGUACAACUGAGUCCACCUACAGUUCCACAACAGGAACAACACCAACAACAUCUUUGACAACUGGCACAACUGAGUCCACCACCAGUUCCACAACAGAAACAACUCCAUCAACAUCUGGGACCACCACUACAUCAGAAACGACACCAACAACUGAGACCACAACCAGCACUACAUCAGAAACACCAACAACUACAUCAACAACUGAGACCACUACCAGUACUACAUCAGAAACGACACCAACAACUGAGACCACCACCAGCACUACAUCAGAAACGACACCAACAACUGAGACCACCACCAGCACUACUUCAGGAACAACACCAACAACAUCUUUGACAACUGGUACAACUGAGUCCACCUCCAGUUCCACAACAGUAGAAACACCAACAACUACAUCAACAACUGAGACCACUACCAGUAAUACAUCAGAAACGACACCAACAACUGAGACCACCACCAGCACUACAUCAGAAACACCAACAACUACAUCAACAACUGAGACCAGUACCAGUACUGCAUCAGAAACGACACCAACAACUGAGACCACCACCAGCACUACUUCAGGAAUAACACCAACAACAUCUUUGACAACUGGUACAACUGAGUCCACCUCCAGUUCCACAACAGUAAAAACACCAACAACUACAUCAACAACUGAGACCACUACCAGUACUACAUCAGGAACAACACCAACAAUAUCUUUGACAACUGGCACAACUGAGUCCACCACCAGUUCCACAACAGAAACAACUCCAUCAACAUCUGGGACCACAACUACAUCAGAAACGACACCAACAACUGAGACCACAACCAGCACUACAUCAGAAACACCAACAACUACAUCAACAACUGAGACCACUACCAGUACUACAUCAGAAACGACACCAACAACUGAGACCACAACCAGCACUACAUCAGGAACAACACCAACAACAUCUUUGACAACUGGUACAACUGAGUCCACCUCCGGUUCCACAACAGUAGAAACACCAACAACUACAUCAACAACUGAGACCACUACCAGUACUACAUCAGAAACGACACCAACAACUGAGACCACCACCAGCACUACAUCAGGAACAACACCAACAACAUAUUUGACAACUGGUACAACUGAGUCCACCUCCAGUUCCACAACAGAAACACCAACAACUACAUCAACAACUGAGACCACUACCAGUACUACAUCAGGAACAACACCAACAAUAUCUUUGACAACUGGCACAACUGAGUCCACCACCAGUUCCACAACAGAAACAACUCCAUCAACAUCUGGGACCACAACUACAUCAGAAACGACACCAACAACUGAGACCACAACCAGCACUACAUCAGAAACACCAACAACUACAUCAACAACUGAGACCACUACCAGUACUACAUCAGAAACGACACCAACAACUGAGACCACAACCAGCACUACAUCAGGAACAACACCAACAACAUCUUUGACAACUGGUACAACUGAGUCCACCUCCGGUUCCACAACAGUAGAAACACCAACAACUACAUCAACAACUGAGACCACUACCAGUACUACAUCAGAAACAACACCAACAACUGAGACCACCACCAGGACUACAUCAGGAACAACACCAACAACAUAUUUGACAACUGGUACAACUGAGUCCACCUCCAGUUCCACAACAGAAACACCAACAACUACAUCAACAACUGAGACCACUACCAGUACUACAUCAGGAACAACACCAACAACAUCUUUGACAACUGGCACAACUGAGUCCACCACCAGUUCCACAACAGAAACAACUCCAUCAACAUCUGGGACCACCACUACAUCAGAAACGACACCAACAACUGAGAUCACAACCAGCACUACAUCAGAAACACCAACAACUACAUCAACAACUGAGACCACUACCAGUACUACAUCAGAAACGACACCAACAACUGAGACCACAACCAGCACUACAUCAGGAACAACACCAACAACAUAUUUGACAACUGGUACAACUGAGUCCACCUCCGGUUCCACAACAGUAGAAACACCAACAACUACAUCAACAACUGAGACCACUACCAGUACUACAUCAGAAACGACACCAACAACUGAGACCACCACCAGCACUACAUCAGGAACAACACCAACAACAUCUUUGACAACUGGUACAACUGAGUCCACCUCCAGUUCCACAACAGAAACACCAACAACUACAUCAACAACUGAGACCACUAUCAGUACUACAUCAGAAACGACACCAACAACUGAGAUCACCACCAGCACUACAUCAGGAACAUCACCAACAACAUCUUUGACAACUGGUACAACUGAGUCCACCUCCAGUUCCACAACAGGAACAACACCAAGAACAUCUUUGACAACUGGCACAACUGAGUCCACCACCAGUUCCACAACAGAAACAACUCCAUCAACAUCUGGGACCACCACUACAUCAGAAACGACACCAACAACUGAGACCACAACCAGCACUACAUCAGAAACACCCACAACUACAUCAACAACUGAGACCACUACCAGUACUACAUCAGAAACGACACCAACAACUGAGAUCACCACCAGCACUACAUCAGGAACAUCACCAACAACAUCUUUGACAACUGGUACAACUGAGUCCACCUCCAGUUCCACAACAGGAACAACACCAACAACAUCUUUGACAACUGGCACAACUGAGUCCACCACCAGUUCCACAACAGAAACAACUCCAUCAACAUCUGGGACCACCACUACAUCAGAAACAACACCAACAACUGAGACCACAACCAGCACUACAUCAGGAACAUCACCAACAACAUCUUUGACAACUGGUACAACUGAGUCCACCUCCAGUUCCACAACAAAAGAAACACCAACAACUACAUCAACAACUGAGACCACUACCAGUACUACACCAGAAACGACACCAACAACUGAGACCACCACCAGCACUACUUCAGGAACAACACCAACAACAUCUUUGACAACUGGUACAACUGAGUCCACCUCCAGUUCCACAACAGAAACACCAACAACUACAUCAACAACUGAGACCACUACCAGUACUACAUCAGAAACGAUACCAACAACUGAGACCACAACCAGCACUACAUCAGAAACGACACCAACAACUGAGAUCACCACCAGCACUACAUCAGGAACAACACCAACAACAUCUUUGACAACUGGUACAACUACCAACUGGUACACCUCCAGUUCCACAACAGUAGAAACACCAACAACUACAUCAACAACUGAGACCACUACCAGUACUACAUCAGGAACAACACCAACAACAUCUUUGACAACUGGUCCAACUGAGUCCACCUCCAGUUCCACAACAGUAGAAACACCAACAACUACAUCAACAACUGAGACCACUACCAGUACUACAUCAGGAACAACACCAACAACAUCUUUGACAACUGGCACAACUGAGUCCACCACCAGUUCCACAACAGAAACAACUCCAUCAACAUCUGGGACCACCACUACAUCAGAAACGACACCAACAACUGAGACCACAACCAGCACCACAUCAGAAACACCAACAACUACAUCAACAACUGAGACCACUACCAGUACUACAUCAGAAACGACACCAACAACUGAGACCACCACCAGCACUACUUCAGGAACAACACCAACAACAUCUUUGACAACUGGUACAACUGAGUCCACCUCCAGUUCCACAACAGUAGAAACACCAACAACUACAUCAACAACUGAGACCACUACCAGUCCUGCAUCAGAAACGACACCAACAACUGAGACCACCACCAGCACUACUUCAGGAACAACACCAACAACAUAUUUGACAACUGGCACAACUAAGUCCACCACCAGUUCCACAACAGAAACAACUCCAUCAACAUCUGGGACCACCACUACAUCAGAAACGACACCAACAACUGAGACCACAACCAGCACCACAUCAGAAACACCAACAACUACAUCAACAACUGAGACCACUACCAGUACUACAUCAGAAACGACACCAACAACUGAGACCACCACCAGCACUACUUCAGGAACAACACCAACAACAUCUUUGACAACUGGUACAACUGAGUCCACCUCCAGUUCCACAACAGUAGAAACACCAACAACUACAUCAACAACUGAGACCACUACCAGUCCUGCAUCAGAAACGACACCAACAACUGAGACCACAACCAGCACUACUUCAGGAACAACACCAACAACAUCUUUGACAACUGGUACAACUGAGUCCACCUCCAGUUCCACAACAGUAGAAACACCAACAACUACAUCAACAACUGAGACCACUACCAGUCCUGCAUCAGAAACGACACCAACAACUGAGACCACAACCAGCACUACUUCAGAAACGACACCAACAACUGAGACCACCACCAGCACUACAUCAGGAACAACAAAAACAACAUAUUUGACAACUGGUACAACUGAGUCCACCUCCAGUUCCACAACAGAAACACCAACAACUACAUCAACAACUGAGACCACUACCAGUACUACAUCAGGAACAACACCAACAACAUCUUUGACAACUGGCACAACUGAGUCCACCACCAGUUCCACAACAGAAACAACUCCAUCAACAUCUGGGACCACCACUACAUCAGAAACGACACCAACAACUGAGACCACAACCAGCACCACAUCAGAAACACCAACAACUACAUCAACAACUGAGACCACUACCAGUACUACAUCAGAAACGACACCAACAACUGAGACCACCACCAGCACUACUUCAGGAACAACACCAACAACAUCUUUGACAACUGGUACAACUGAGUCCACCUCCAGUUCCACAACAGGAACAACACCAACAACAUCUUUGACAACUGGUACAACUGAGUCCACCUCCAGUUCCACAACAGUAGAAACACCAACAACUACAUCAACAACUGAGACCACUACCAGUCCUGCAUCAGAAACGACACCAACAACUGAGACCACCACCAGCACUACAUCAGGAACAACAAAAACAACAUAUUUGACAACUGGUACAACUGAGUCCACCUCCAGUUCCACAACAGAAACACCAACAACUACAUCAACAACUGAGACCACUACCAGUACUACAUCAGGAACAACGCCAACAACAUCUUUGACAACUGGCACAACUGAGUCCACCACCAGUUCCACAACAGAAACAACUACAUCAACAUCUGGGACCACCAUCAUUACUACUCCAGAAACAACGGCAACAACAUCAUCAACUGAGGCCACUACCAGCACUACACCAGGAUGCACAGACUACUCAGGAAACUUCAGAAAUGAUGGUGAUGAAUGGUCUGAUCAAAAUAAUACAUGUAUUUACUACAGAUGUUCAGGAGCCAUGGUGAUAGAGACAGAAUUAACAUGCUUUUAUAAUUCAACCUGUGAUGAGGUUGACAAAAAAUGGGAUGACCGUCACUGUUGCUAUUACUGCCCUCUGCAAGUGACACAAUGUAAAGUUCAUCCAAAAUCGCUUACAAUCAUUAAGGAUAACUGUACUGCAACAGUUGAACUUAAUUCAUGUCAAGGAAAUUGCAACUCAUUUUCCAUGUUUGACUACACAAUAGAUAAAAUGAAACACAACUGUGAGUGCUGCGAAGAACAAACGACUGAAACAAAGGAAGUAACAUUGGCGUGUGAAAAUGGAUUGAGUAAACGGUACUCAUAUAUUUCUGCAAAAACAUGUCAGUGCUCUAUUUGUGAAAAUAGUACACCGUGAAAUGGAAUUUUAAACUGAAUGCCAAUUUUUACUUUGUAACCUCUGUUUGAUUUAUUUUAAGCAAACAUUACUUGGUGAUGUUUGAAAAAUCCGAAGUGUCUUUUAUUCCUAACUACAUGGCUUUUCACAAUAUAUCUUUCAAGUUUAUUUUUCCUCCAAAUGAUCAUUCAAUGCAAAACUAAAAAAAU